GGCUCCAGGAAACGGCACGCUCGCCGCUCCGCGCUGCGGCCACCCGGCGCGCCCCAGACGACCCCGCAGACUCAGCCAGACCACCCUGCGGGCCCCAGCGGCGGCAGCGGGGAGCGCAGCCCCGCGUGCGAGCCUUGGACAGCUCCGCACGGACGGGGCGGGCGGCGCGGAUAGGAGCCCAGGAGGCCAUGGGGACCCGGGCUGGGCCAGCGGUCCCGGACCAGCGAGAGCCCCGGGCCUGAGAGACGGGCGGCGGGGCGCGGGGGCCAUGACCUCGGUGUGGAAGCGCCUGCAGCGCGUGGGCAAGCGGGCCGCCAAGUUCCAGUUUGUGGCCUGUUACCACGAGCUGGUGUUGGAGUGCACCAAGAAAUGGCAGCCAGAUAAGCUGGUGGUGGUGUGGACCCGGCGGAACCGACGCAUCUGCUCCAAGGCCCACAGCUGGCAGCCGGGUAUCCAGAACCCAUACCGGGGCACCGUGGUAUGGAUGGUACCUGAGAAUGUGGACAUCUCCGUGACCCUCUACAGGGACCCCCAUGUGGACCAGUAUGAGGCCAAAGAGUGGACGUUUAUUAUUGAGAAUGAGUCCAAGGGGCAGCGGAAGGUGCUGGCCACAGCCGAUGUGGACCUGGCCCGCCAUGCGGGGCCCGUGCCUGCCCAAGUUCCGCUGCGGCUGCGGCUGAAGCCCAAGUCGGUGAAGGUGGUGCAGGCUGAGCUGAGCCUCACUCUCUCAGGGGUGCUGCUGCGGGAGGGCCGUGCCACGGACGAUGACAUGCAGAGUCUUGCAAGCCUCAUGAGUGUGAAGCCUAGUGAUGUGGGCAACUUGGACGACUUUGCUGAGAGUGACGAGGACGAGGCUAACGGCCCAGGGGCGCCUGAGGCACGGGCUCAAGUUCCCCUGCCUGGCUGGGGCGGUGCCCUGAGGCUGGGGCGUUUCCCAGAUCCCUCUAGGGAGCUGAAGACACUUUGUGAGGAGGAGGAGGAGGGCCGAGUACUGCCCCGGCAGGCAGCUGCCGGCCCUUCUAGUGCUGGGGAUACCAGCCCAGCCCCUGUGAGUGCCCCUGCACCCCCGGCCAGAGCCUCCCGGGGCCAGGGGUCAGAACCAGCUACUGUAGCAGGGGGUCAGGUGGGGCCUGAGACCCUAAGGCCCCUGGGGACCCCACUGGAGACCAGGUCCUUGAGGCAGCCAGACCAGGACAUGGCCCCCACCCCAGCCCCUCGGCUCCGGAAAGUCUCUGACGCCUCGUGGCCCCCCGUCCCCCAAGGGGAAGACGAGGUCCCCAAAGCCUCAGAGGUUCCCCCAGCAGGCGUGGGUUCUGCCAGGGAGAUCCAGGCCUGGGCAAGCCCUCAGGAAGGGACAGAGGCCCAGGGAGCUAAGCUGGGCCCAGGCAUCAAGGAUGGAGGCUCCAGGGAUUCUUUGGGAGGAGAGAAACCCAAGGUUGAAGAGGGGAGCAAUGAGGACAGGCCAGAGGUUAGUGGAGAGGACACUGAGCAUGGGUCCGGAGUCAGAGAGGUGAACACUAAGAAGUCAGGGGUCAGAGCUGGGGAGCCUGAAGAGAGUUUAGAAGUUAGGCAAGUGGAUGCUGAGCAGGGCUCAAAGGUGAGACAUGUGAACACUAAGGGACCAGAGGCUACAGAGUUGAUGCCUGAGACAAGAUUCAGAGGAACUCCUGAGGCUCCAUCAAGGGGCUCUCAGGGGAGUAUGGGGGUGAGGACAAGGGAUGAGGCUCCCACAGCCUGGAGCCCACCCCCAGCAGAGCCUGCCGGGUGCUCUGGGCAUCUCAGUGACCUCAAGGGGGCCAGUGCUACUGCAGGCCAGGAGAGAGAGGACACAGAAGUCAGGGGCGGAACCCCUGGUGUUGGGGGGACAGACGUGGAGCAGGGCCCCUCUGUUGGAGCAACGAGCACCAGGCCCCAGGUGAGCAGGUGCCAGGAGGCCCCAUCAUCAGCUGACCAGGGGGUGAUAUCUAGGAAUCUGGGAGUCUGGGAGGCAGAAGCUGGGGAUUCAAGGGUCCUGGGAACAGAGACUGAGGUGGCAGAGUUGGAGGUAUUGGGGACCCAGGAGACAGAAGAAGGGGGAUCAGGGUUCCCAGAGAUAGAGACUGGGGCAGUAGGAGCUGAGAUUUUGGGGGCUCAGGAGAUAGAGGCUACUGGGAUGGCAGAGUCUGAGUUAUUGGGGACUCAGGAGACAGAGGGUGAAGGUUCAGGAGUUCUGGGGGAAAAGACUAUAAUAGCAGAGACUGAGACAUUGGAGAUCCAGGAGACAUCUGUGGGUUCCAGGGUACUGAGGAUAGAAGCUGAGAUAGAAUCUAAGAUUUUGGGGGCCCAGGAGACAGAGGUGGAAGGUUCCGGGGUAUUAGAGACAGUGGCUGGGGAGGCAGAGACUGAAAUUUUGGGGACCCAGGAGACAGUAGCUGAGGGUUCAGGGGUUCCAGGGAUAGAAGCUGAGAUAGCAGAGUGUGAGAUAUUAGUGGCCCAGGAGACAAAGGUGGAGAUUUCAGGGGUUCCAGGAACAGAGACUGGGGCAGCAGAAGCUGAGAUAUUGGGGGCGCAGGAGAUACCAUCUGGGGGUUCAGGGGUCCCAGGGAUGGAUUCUGAGAUAGCAGAGGCCCAGAAAACAGAGAUGGGGGCUUCAGGGGUCUCAGGGCCAGAGGCUGGAAUGGCAGAGGAUGAGGUACUGAGGACCCAACAGACAGAAGCUACAGUUUCAGAAGUUGAGAAGGCAAAGGCUAAGACUUUGGGGGUCCAGGAGGCAGAGACUGGACUCUGGAGAGCUCUCAGAUAUGAGGCUUUAAAGGCUCCAGUCACUAAGCAAAGAAGUUUAGGGUCCCAGGAAACAGAGGCAAAGAUUUCAGAAAUACGAGAAGCAGAAACUAUAGCUUUGAAGGUCCAGGAGGCAGAGGCUGGGGUUUUGGGAGUGUCAGAAGCCAAAUCUGGGGCUUGGGGGGUUCAAGAAGCAGCAAGAGAGAUUUUAGAUCCUCCGGAGAUCAAAUCUGGUAUUUCUGAGGCCCAGGAAGCAGAGGCUGUGGUCUUGGGAACCGAGAAGGGGAAAGAAACUGAGGGAAGCCUCCCAGAGGCCAGCCCGAUUGAAGUGCAGGUGGCCAGUGGGGCAGAGGCUCGGGCACCCAGGCCCUCGGGGGCCUCUUCCCCAGAGGAGCCUGAAGAGGACAGGAGGCUGCCGGGCAGCCAGACACCACCUGCCCUGGUCAGCUCCAGCCAGUCCCUGCUAGAGUGGUGUCAAGAAGUCACCACUGGCUACCGUGGCGUCCGGAUCACCAACUUCACCACAUCCUGGCGUAAUGGCUUGGCCUUCUGUGCCAUCCUGCACCGAUUCUACCCAGACAAGAUCGACUAUGCCUCCCUGGACCCACUCAAUAUCAAACAGAACAACAAGCAGGCCUUCGAUGGCUUCGCGGCCCUGGGCGUGUCGCGGCUGCUGGAGCCGGCGGACAUGGUGCUGCUGGCGGUGCCAGACAAGCUCAUCGUGAUGACGUACCUGUGCCAGAUCCGCGCCUUCUGCACGGGGCAGGAGCUGCAGCUGGUGCAGCUGGAGGGCGGCGGCGGCGCCGGCACGUACCGCGUGGGCAGCGCCCAGCCCAGCCCGCCCGAUGACCUGGGCGCCGGCGGCCUGGCGCAGCGGCUGCGCGAGCGAGGGGCCGAGGCGCCCAAGGAGGCCAUGAACCGCGCGGACGGGGCGGCCCCGGAGACGGCCCCCAGCGGCGCGGAAACGGGCCGCGCCUCGAAGGACGGCGGAGCCGAGGCCUCCGUGCUCCCGGCCGAGGGACUGGUGAAUGGGGCGGGGGCGCCAGGCGGCGGGGCCGGUGUGAGGCUGCGACGGCCGUCGGUCAACGGGGAGGCCGGGCCGGUGCCCCCGCCCCGCGCGCACGGCUCCUUCUCCCACGUGCGCGACGCCGACCUGCUAAAGAAGAGGCGCUCACGGCUGCGCAACAGCAGCUCCUUCUCGGUGGACGACUCGGACGCGGGAGCCGCGGGAGCUGCCGGGGCCGCGGCUGCGGCUGCAGCUGCGGAAGGCCUGAGUCCUGACCCCAGUCCUGCCUCCGGCCAACCCACAGUCUCUCAACAGUCUCCUGCCUGGUCUGUGUCUGCAGGUGAGAGUCUGCCAUUGGAGGAGCCACCCCCAAGCCCAGGGGAGGAGUCUGGGCUGCAACGGUUCCAGGACACAAGUCAGUACGUGUGCGCAGAGCUGCAGGCCCUGGAACAGGAGCAGAGGCAGAUAGACGGGCGAGCGGCUGAGGUGGAGACUCAGCUGAGGAGCCUCAUGGAGUCAGGUGCCAACAGGCUGCAAGAGGAGGUGCUGAUCCAGGAGUGGUUCACCCUGGUCAACAAGAAGAACGCUCUCAUCCGGAGGCAGGACCAGUUGCAGCUGCUCAUCGAGGAGCAGGACUUGGAGCGGAGAUUCGAGCUGCUGAGCCGGGAGCUGCGGGCCAUGCUGGCCAUCGAAGACUGGCAGAAAACGGCAGCGCAGCAGCACCGAGAGCAGCUCCUGCUGGAGGAGCUGGUGUCGCUGGUGAACCAGCGCGACGAGCUGGUCCGGGACCUGGACCACAAGGAGCGGAUCGCGCUGGAGGAGGACGAACGCCUGGAGCGCGGCCUGGAGCAGCGGCGCCGCAAGCUGAGCCGGCAGCUGAGCCGGCGCGAGCGCUGCGUGCUGAGCUGAAGCCGCGCCGCGGACGCCCCGCUGUCGCCGCAGCUGCUGUCGCCGCAGCUCUUCCCGCCGCCGCCCCGGGCCUGCGCUGCGGAGCCCCCGGCCCUCCCCGGUGCCGCCCGCGGGCCGCCCGCGCCCUAUUUAUUUGUUCGUGUGAGUGUGUGCACGGGUGUUGCGGCGGGCUGGGGAUCCGGGAGCGCCGCCCACGACCCCUGCCCGACGGGGCCCGGCUGCCAGCCCGGGGGUGGGGUGGGGGUGGGAGGGAUGGCCUGCAGCCCCCGCAGCCCCCGCCCGCCUGCCCUUCCUGCUCCCUGCCAGCAAUAAAGUUGGACAAGGACACCCUG